UGCGCACCAUCAACACAGUUAGAAAAUCCACAAGUAUCAAUGAGCAACACGAAUGAUUUAGAUCACAAAACUGCAUCAAACACUGACAAGACCAGACUACCAAUAGAAAUCAAAAACGAAUGUAGCAGUAUGAAAAACGUUAACGGCAUGUCUGUGUACAAGUUGCCGUUGAAAGGAUCAUCAAUUUUCUCCGGAGCGUCUUCCAUCGUCAGGCGAUUCUCCUUCGGUGAGCCAGAUCUUUCCGGAAGCAAGCCAUGUAAAACCAUUCUUCUGAUGGGUGCCACUGGCUCAGGCAAGACCACCAUGAUCAAUGCCAUGAUCAAUUAUGCAUUAGGCGUUCAAUGGGAGGAUCCUUUCCGUUUCAUGCUUAUCGACGAAAAAGCGAAAUCCCAAGCUUUUAGCCAGACCAGAAAAGUCACGGCAUACGACAUCCAUUACAGAAAUGGUUUCCGCAUUCCUUUUUCGCUGACGAUUGUUGACACUCCGGGAUUCGGUGAUACCCAAGGUAACAAGCGUGAUGAAGAAAUCACUUCGGCCGUCAAGCAACUUGUUAGUGACAGAAAUGGCAUCCAAGGACUGAGCGCAGUUGGCUUUGUUGUGCAGUCUGCACUGGCUCAUCUCACGGUGGAUCAGAAGAACAUCUUCAGUUCGGUAUUGUCCAUUUUUGGCAAAAAUCCAAAGAUUCUGACUAAGAUCGGGGAUCGAAGACCCAUCACCUUCAUCAAUUUCGCUGAUGGAAGGCAGCCGCUUGUCUUAGCAGCUAUUAAGGAGGCCAAUCUUCCUUGCUUAAUGGGUUCCAAGGGAGAACCGUGUCACCGGAGUUUUAACAACGAUGCAGCCUACGCCUCGAAUCAGACACCAGGUGGUAGGUUGUCUCCCAACGUGUGGGACAACGCAAUACAAAAUUUUGAGUUUUUGUUUGCCGAGCUAUCCAGGAUGGAGAAUAGAAUGAGCAGAAUGAUCUCUUUGGGUCGUCAAUGUGUCUCAAACGCAACAACAACAGUGGCAUCCGCUAAACUAGCAGACGCAUUCGCAACAUCAGCCGCGUUCCGUAAGCAAAAAGUACCGGUGGGCACCGAAGUGUCUUUGGAUCAGGAAGCUGCAUCACUUUUUGACGAAAAUAGGCUAGCAAUAAAAAUAAAAAGCCAAUGUACCAGUAUAAAAAUCGAAAAUGACAUGUUGGUGUGCAAGUUGCCGUUAAAACGAUCAUCAUUUUUCUUCCGAGCGUCUUACAACCUCAGUCGAUUCUCCUUCGGUGAGCCAGAUCCUUCCGGAAGCAAGCCAUGCAAAACCAUUCUUCUGAUGGGUGCCACUGGUUCAGGCAAGACCACCAUGAUCAAUGCCAUGAUCAAUUAUGUAUUAGGCGUUCAAUGGGAGGAUCCUUUUCGUUUCAUGCUUAUCGAUGAAGACGUGACAUCUCAAGCUUUUAGCCAGACCAUUGAAGUUAGGGCUUAUGACAUCCAUUACAGAAAUGGUUUCCUCAUUCCGUGUUCUCUGACGAUUGUUGACGCUCCUGGAUUCGGUGAUACCGAAGGUAUCGAUCGUGACAAAAAAAUCACUUCGGCCAUCAAACAAUUCUUUGAACACGAACAUGACAAUCAAGCAUUGGAUGCAGUUGGCAUCGUAGUGCAGUCUGCGCUGGCUCACCUUACGAGCUCUCAGACGUACAUCUUCAAUUCGGUACUGUCCAUUUUUGGUAAAGAUAUCGGAGAAAACGUUCGCUACUUGGUCACUUUUGCGGAUGGAAGGCAACCUCCUGUAUUAGCAGCUAUUAAGAUAGCUAAUCUUCCUUACCAAAUGGACUCCAAUAUGGAGCCCUGUCAUCAAAGUUUUGACAACGGGGUUGUCUACUGCUCGAAUCAGAUACCAGGUGAUCGUUUGUCUCCAAUCGAUUGGGAUAAAGCAAUGCAAAAUUUUCAAUCGUUUUUUGCUGAAUUAUCAAAAAUGUCGAUCAAAUCGCUGCAACGCACCAAAGAAGUAUAGAGCCAAGAAAGUCCACAGAUCACUAUACAGGGCCUAGAAACCACCAUUCAAGUGCACCUCAUGAAAAUGGAAGACUCGCGAAAGACAGAGAAACCAUCGCCUUAAUCGAAUUAUGUAAAUCGAAUUAUGUAAUUAAUCGAAAAAUGUAUUGAUUGAGAGGUGCAUGUUUAUGUAGAAAAUUCAACAACCAAAAUAAAA